GAUCAGAAGAGUUGUCGUUCUCAUUCUCUCCCUACAGAUAAGCACCAGAUCAUGUGACCGCACCUCACGUGAUCCCGCCCGUCCGUCCAACAUGGCGGCCCCCAGUAGCCUGGACUGGAAGAGUAGAGCCGAAAAGCUGCAGCACAGAUGGGACAGUCUGCAGGAGCGGGGCCGUGGCGAUGCUGUUUUAUUGAAGGCUUCCGAUACACUACACCGAUUGCAUGACAUAUGUUCAAAAGAUUUGCAGAAUUGUGAGAAGUCCUCCUGUCUGAGCCUAUACACCCAGGCUAUCUUGGACAUCACUUUCUAUGAAGAAAAUCAGCUGGUGGAUGAAGAAUUCCCAGGUGACGAUUCCCUGCAGAAAGUCAGAGAGCUUAUUCAAAUGCUUCUAGAGCCUGAACAUCUAGUGGAAGAAAGUAAAUUCCUGAAACAGCAUAUCGUUCUAGAUGUGGAUGUACAGGAAUGUCUGCGCUGGAGGAGAGGGGCGCUUCUCUACAUGUACUGUCAUACAGUAGGAGAGAGGGAGGGCUGGGUCCUAAGAGACCAAAGGACCUUCCACCAGUGUCUUGAAGAUGGGGUUCAUAACCUAAUGAAGAUGCUUCAUACGCGGAAUCCUGUACAACUGAAUGACGAGGUUUCAUUUCAGGACAUAAACACAGCCGCUUUGCUAGCUAAAGGUAUCUUCAGUGAUAUCCAUGUCCUGGCUCUGAUGUACUGCGGGGAAAUGUGCUUCUGGGCCCUGACGUAUUGCAUGGAAGUAGUGCAGACUUCAGAUGCUGGACCUAACUCUGAGACAUGCAAUAAAAUACUGAACUUUAAAGAAGUCGGGGAGCAUGUCCUGGAGACGUAUGUUGAUGCGUGUGAAGGGCCUCUGCGUGGACAAGGCUGGAACACAGACAACGCAAAGAAGAUCCUACAGAGUCUGAGAAAAGACAGAAUGUAACAAUUGGGGUGUAUUUAGCUGUAAUUGGGUGUUGGGCGUUUUAUAAAUUUAGGAUGAUUUUAUAUUUAAAUGAUAUAAAUAUGCGCCAGAAAAGCUAUCUCUGUGUGACAUGUAUUCACCAAUGCUGAGUAACCUUUGUACGUUGUUCAUGCUUGGAUAAACACAUUCCUGUUCAUCCCUUGGACUAUCUUUGUGGACUACAUCUCUGGCAAGGCAUCGGUUUAUUUAUAAUGGGUGCAGGGUGUCCCACACCGCACAUCCUGCACCCAGAGUGCUAAACCUGUGCCAGCAAGCAGGUCCCUCCUCCCCCACAGUGCCAUCUUACCAGUGACGUCUUCGGGAAGAUGGAGCUGCACAGUGAGAGCAGAGACUGAAUAUGUGCCACAGUCUUCACUCUCUUGUGCACAAGCCAACUAUCUGAAUACCACUGGGACAAUGGUCCAGCAGAGGAGGAGGGACCUGCUUGCUGGCGCAAGGUAAGAUGCGGGGCCCCUGUGUCAAGGUAAUCUUCUAGUUAGUCACAAAGGGGUUUUUACUCACCAUCCCACACAUGUCUCCACAACAGAACUCUACUUAAGAUCAAUGGACUACAUGAAACACUCAUAUCUUCCCGACCGUGAUUUGGCAGUAAUCGUCUGUACAAGAGGAAUAUGUUUAUUUAAGGACAAAACCUUUCAGUAUGGGCUGAUCCAUAAUAUGUGCUCAUUUUUUGUUUCAUUAAAGCAUACAUAAAGUUUUGGCACAGAG